AUGCUACGUGCUUUAGGAUUACAACCUGUUGUUUCUUUACCUAAAUCAGAAAUUGAUUUGGAGCUAGAGUCCAUAUUUAUUGGUUCACCUAUGACAUUUGGUGAGCUAUGUCGAAACAUUUUGGGAAUUAUUGGGUUAUCAAAAACAAGUAUAGCAUUAUCGUGGGAAGUUUCUUCAAAAGAAGCUAUGAAAAGUCCAAAGCAUUUUUUAGAGUUUUUAAACUUGCAAUUAGUAUCUAAUUGUGUCAAAUAA